GUUUGGCGCGGCCUGUUGUCUCUUGCUGCAGCUGGUGCUCCAAAUCUGGUCUUAGCUGCUCCGUGUCUUCCGCUUCUAGAAGCCCAGCCUCUGUGGCCCUGUGACCUGCAGGUAUUGGGAGAUCCACAGCUGAGGGACCCCCGGAAGCCUAGAAAUGGGACCACUGGAAUUUAGAGAUGUGGCCAUAGAAUUCUCUCCAGAGGAAUGGCAUUGCCUGGAUACUGCACAGCGGAAUUUAUAUAGGGAUGUGAUGUUAGAGAACUACAGUAACCUGGUCUUCCUUGGUAUUGUUGUCUCUAAGCCAGACCUGAUCACCUGUCUGGAGCAAGGAAAAAAAUCUUUGACUAUGAAGAGACAUGAGAUGAUUGCCAACCCCCCAGUUAUGUGUUUUCAUUUUGCCCAAGACCUUUGUCCAGAGCAGAGCCUAAAAGAUUCCUUCCAAAAAGUGAUACUGAGAAGAUAUGAAAAACGUGAAUAUGGCAAUUUAGAGUUAAAAAAAGGUUGUGAAAGUGUGGAUGAGGGUAAAGUACACAAAGGAGGUUAUAAUGGACUUAACCAAUGUUUGACAACUACCCAGAGCAAAAUAUUUCAAUGUGAUACAUUUGUGAAUGUCUCUCAUAUAUUUUCAAAUUCAAACAGACAUAAGAUAAGAGAUACUGGAAAAAAACCUUUCAAAUGUAUAGAAUGUGGCAAAGCUUUUAACCAGUCCUCAACCCUUACUACAGAUAAGAAAAUUCAUACUGGAGAGAUAACCUGCAAAUGUGAAGAAUGUGGCAAAGCCUUCAACAGGUCCUCACACCUUACUUUACAUAAGAGAAUUCAUGCUGGAGAGAAACGUUACAAAUGUGAAGAAUGUGGCAAAGACUUAAAGUAUUCCUCUACCCUUACUGCACAUAAGAGAAUUCAUACUGGAGAGAAACCCUACAAGUGUGAUAAAUGUGGCAAAGCAUUUAUUUCAUCCUCGACCCUUUAUGUACAUAAGAUAAGUCAUACUGAAGAGAAACCCUACAAAUGUGAAGAAUGUGGCAAAGCCUUCAAGCUCUCCUCAAUCCUUAGUACACAUAAGAGAAUCCAUACUGGAGAGAAACCCUUCAAAUGUGAAGAAUGUGGCAAAGCCUUCAGGCGCUCCUUAGUUCUUAGUACGCAUAAGAGAAUUCAUACUGGAGAGAAACCUUACAAGUGUGAUAAAUGUGGCAAAGCGUUUAUUUCAUCCUCGAUCCUUUAUGUACAUAAGAUAAGUCAUACUGAAGAGAAACCCUACAAGUGUGAAGAAUGUGGCAAAGCCUUCAAGCUCUCCUCAAUCCUUAGUACACAUAAGAGAAUCCAUACUGGAGAGAAACCCUACAAAUGUGAAGAAUGUGGCAAAGCCUUCAGGCGCUCCUUAGUCCUUCGUUCACAUAAAAGAAUUCAUACUGGAGAGAAACCCUACAAGUGUGAUAAAUGUGGCAAAGCAUUUAUUUCAUCCUCACUCCUUUAUAAACAUAAGAUAAGUCAUAGUGAAAAGAAACCCUACAAAUGUGAAGAAUGUGGCAAAGCCUUCAAGCGCUCCUCAACACUUACUAUCCAUAAGAUAGAGAAACCCUACAAAUGUGAAGAAUGUGGCAAAGCCUUCAAGCGCUCCUCAGCCCUGAGCACACAUAAGAUAAUUCAUACCGGAGAGAAACCCUACAAAUGUGAAGAAUGUGGCAAAGCCUUCAAGCGCUCCUCAAACCUUACUACACAUAAGAUAAGUCAUACUGAAGAGAAACUCUACAAAUGUCAAGAAUGUGACAAAGCCUUCAAGUAUUCCUCAGCCCUUAGCACACAUAAGAUAAUUCAUAGUGGAGAGAAACCCUACAAAUGUGAACAAUGUGGCAAAGCCUUCAAGCGCUCCUCAGUCCUUAGUAGACAUAAGAUAAUUCAUACUGGAGCAAAACCCUACAAAUGUGAAGAAUGUGGCAAAGCCUUUAAGCGCUCCUCACAGCUUACUAGUCAUAAGAUAAGUCAUACUGGAGAGAAACCCUACAAAUAUGAAGAAUGUGGCAAAGCUCUUAACUUGUCCUCAGACCUUAAUACACAUAAGAGGAUUCAUAUUGGACAGAAAGCCUACAUAGUGAAGAACAUGGCAAAUCUUUGAAAUAUUCCUCAACCCUUAAUAAACAUAAGAUAAUUCAUACUGGAAAGAAACCCUAUAAAUGUGAUGACUGUUGGAAAGCCUUUGACCACCCCUCAACUCUUACUAAAUAUGAGAAUUUAUAUGAAACAACUCCUACAAAAAUAAAGAAUGUGACAAAUCAUUUUAAGGAAGUUCUCAACCUUUAUUACACAUAAUUCAUACAGGACAGAAAAUCUACAAGUGUGAAAAAUGCAGCAAAGCCUAUAACAAGUUUUCAAUUCUUUUUUUUUUUUUUUUUUGAGAAUGAGUUUCAUGCUUCUCAUGUAGGCUGGAGUGCAAUGGCAUGAUCUCUGCUCACUGCAACCUCUUCCUCCUGGUUCAAGCCAUUCACCUGCUUCAGCCUCCACCACCAUGCCCAAAUAAUUUUUGUAUUUUUAUUAGAGACAGUGUUUUGCCAUGUUUAAGAGGCUGGUCUCCAACUGUGGUUCACCCACCUUGGCCUCCUAAAAUGCUGGGAUUACAGUCAUAAGCAUCUAUUCCCAGCCACAAGUUCUCAGUUCUUAAGAGACAUGGUGAUAAUUCAUGCUGAAGAGGAACUCUACAAACUUGAAAGAUGUGACAGUGCUUUUACCACCACCUCCAACUUUUCUGUACAUAAAGAUGAUUAUACUAGUGUGAAACCCUAGAAAUAAUAGAAAAUUUGACAAAUCCUUUAUAUGAUUGCAACACUUGAUUGUAGGUAAGAUAACUGAACCCUAACUCCUACAAGUGUGAAGAAUGUGGGAAAACUUUUUAAUCAGUGCAUACACCUUAUUUCACAGGAAAGCUAGUAUCCUUGAGAAAAAUUGCACAAUUAUAAAAAAUAUGGAAAACCCAUUAAUGCCUACUCACAUCUUACCCAAUAGAAGGUGGUUCACAGUUAAUAAAAGCAUUUAAAAUGCAAUUAUGCUCAAAAAACUUUCAGAAAAUAGAAGCCUUUAAAGUGAAGAAGAGUAUUCUGAAGAUAACCAUUACACAUAAUAGAGGGGGUUGUAUUACUUUUACUUGCAUCACAGAUUUCGUUGCACACAUUUUGUACUAGAGGAAAACCCUGAAGCAGUUGCUCCAGCUUUGUUCAACAACAGGGAAUUUUAGAGAAGAAUCCUGCAAAUGUAGUGAAUUUGGAAACAAUUUUUUUUUCAAAAACUACAGCUUAGAAAACACCAGAGACUUGAUAACUAAAACAUGUUUGCAGAAACAGUAAAUAUAAAAAAUAUUUAAUUCAAAAUGAAUUCCAUGUAAAUAUCAGAGAAUUUACAGUAGAAUAACUAAGGCACUGAUACUUCAGACAUUGCACUAAAUCAGAGUGUUGAGUAUAAAAAAGAAUCCACAACAAAAAUUGUUAGAUAAAUUAUUUAUAUAUAACUUUAAAAGGUUUUUUGAAGCAUUGUAAUUACAUUGAAAGUAUACUUGCUUUCUUGAAGAAAAUUUUUUGAAAAGUGAAUAAUGAUGUAAUAGAGCUUUCAAAUUUAUGCUGUUACUUUAUUUCUAUUGUAUUCACAUGUGAAAGCAUGUGAUCAAUUGUUGCUGCAUCAGAGAUAUUACAGAUUCUUUACUGGGCAUUCUUUAUAACCUUUUCUAUUAAAGAGAAAGGAUAUUAAAAUGUAAGAUGCAUAAUGAAAAUAUAAGUGGAGAGGCUGUUUGUAUUUGACCUAUAUUAAGUAAUGUAUAAGGUAGUGUUCAGAGUAAUACUUUUCUACAUUAUAGUGAGAGAAAUUAUGAAUUAUAGUUAAAGGUAUAUUAAAUUACUGUAUUAUUUUACUAAUUUUACUUUCAUGUAAUAAAAUACACUACAUUUAAAAAUUGUUA